UAUAUGUGCAAGUACCCUAAAACCUCAAUUCUUACCAACUAGAAAGAGAGGAUUCAGCAUUUCUCAGAUAAAAAAAGAGGGUAAUGGCAUCGGUAUUGAGAUCAAGCAUACUGCGGCACAUCCAGGUCCCAGUCUUCCGGACCCUAAUCCUAAAUGGAUCCAAGAUGAAGGCCGUAAGAUCAAUGUCAUCUCACGGCGACGAUCACCUCGACAAGGAAGUAGUCAUCAACCGAGUCCUCGACAUCGUCAAGAGCUUCCCCAAAGUCGAUCCCUCAAAGGUGUCACCUGAUGUUCAUUUUCAGAAGGAUCUGGGUUUAGAUAGCUUGGACAAUGUGGAGAUUGUGAUGGCUAUUGAGGAAGAGUUUAAGCUGGAGAUUCCUGACAAGGAAGCUGAUAAAAUCGACUCCUGCACUCUUGCAAUCGAGUAUGUCUAUAACCAUCCAAUGGCUAGCUGAGUUAUGUUCGAAUUUUUUGCUCUAUGUUAUCAUUUCUUUGAGACAAUGAGACAUUGCAUUCUGUCCGUGUUUGCCUUGUUGGGAUGUUGUAGAAAUUUGAUCCUGGGUUGGGAAAUAAAUUUGCUGCUGGAUAAAAAGAGUAGUUCCACAGUGGGUUUAAAAAUCUUAUUAUUUUUUGUCUUUACUUUGUGAAUUUGAGAUGUUUCUGUGCGUUAUGCAGAUAUUUCUUUUCAUUA